CAGCGUGCACAGUAAAUAAAGCUGCAAACACACAUUGAUGAAGUGAUUUUAACCCUUUGUGUCGACACACACACACACACACACACACACACACACACACACACAGCUGAUAUCAUGUCCGAGGCUCGGAGCCCCGACCCCCCCCUGAUCGUGGAAAUCGAUCCGGAUUUCGAGCCCCAAAAGCGGCCGCGCUCGUGCACCUGGCCGCAGCCCCGUCCAGAGUCCGGAGACAAACCGGGCAUUAGUGAUGUCAUCCCGGAGGAAGAGGGUGAUGAGGAUGAUGAGGAUGAAGAUGAUGGGGGGUCUGCUGUUGUGGUGAAGCCCCGCCGGGUUUUGAGCUCCGUGUCCCGGCCUGUGGAGGUGAAUCUGCCCGCUGAUGACGGGUCUCUUUCCCCGGCUUUAACGCCCCCUACAGCCGCCCUGAGGAAGGCUUCUUCCCGCAGGAACGCCUGGGGGAACUUCUCCUACGCGGAUCUGAUCUCUCAGGCCAUAGAGAGCUCCCCGGAGAACAGGCUCACUUUGGCCCAGAUCUACGACUGGAUGGUGAGGUCCGUGCCGUACUUCAAGGACAAAGGAGACACGAACAGCUCCGCGGGAUGGAAGAACUCGAUCCGGCACAACCUGUCUCUGCACAGCCGCUUCCUGAAGCUUCAGAACGAGGGAACGGGGAAGAGUUCGUGGUGGAUCCUGAACCCCGAGGAGGGCAAAGGGAAAGCUCCUCGACGACGAGCCGUAUCCAUGGACAACAGCAAGAACAUCAGAGGAGCGAGAGGACGAGCCGCGAAGAAGAAGAAGGCGUCGCUUCAGAACCAGAACCAGGAAGUUGGAUCAGAGAGUAACUUCCUCUCGAAGUGGACAGGAAGUCCCGCCUCCCGAAGCAGCGAAGAACUCGACGCUUGGACCGAUUUCCGCUCUCGAACAAACUCAAACGCCUCAACGCUCAGCGGACGUUUGUCGCCAAUUCUCGCCAACGUGGAGCUAGACGAGGGUUUGGAGGAGGGUACGAACUCUCCUCUGUCCCCCAUGUUGUUCUCCUCCUCCUCCAGCAGCGUCUCUCCCUCCACCCUCUCAGAACUUAACCUGAACGACAUGGUGUCAGAAAACCUGCUGGACAACGUGGCGGCGCGGCAGCCAAACGAGGAAGAAGAGGGUGAUUCGUGCUCAGUUUUCAGCUUCAGCGGCGCAGAAAGUAGUCCCUCCGCCCUCGGCCUCUUCACGCCUCCGUGCAUCGCCCUGAGGACGGCGCCCAUGCAGACGAUCCAGGAGAACAAACAGACCUGGUUCUCUUCGGUCUGCAACGCUCAGACUCUUUAUACUCUGGACCUUCAGAGCCACGACCUCCUGACUCAGUCCGACCCUCUGAUGUCUCAGGUCGGAGCCGCUGCCAUCGCGCUGCAGAAUUCACGCCGAAACGCCACGAUUCUGCACAAAAAAGACCCCGAGGAAAACGACGCCAAACCGGUCCCGAAGUCUCCCGUUAAGCUGACCUCCGACCUGGACCUGGACGUGUUUAACGGAGGGUUGGAGUGCGAUUUGGACGCUAUUAUCCGCAACGAGCUGAUGGACGCCGACUGUCUGGACCUCAGCUUCGACUCGCGCCUCGCCGCCGUUAGUUAGUGUUCUGAGGGACGAAGAAACUCUCCAUAAAACUUCCCAAAAAACCUCUGAUAAACACAAGAUUUAAAGGUCCCCUAUCAUCCUCUUCUUCAUCAGUAUAUCACAGGUCUCAGAUAUAUACAGAGCCUGUCUCUGAUUGGCUGAA